UAUGGCUUAUGGGUCGUCGCGGCAUGCGUAAUUAGAAUUUAGACCCUUUCUUUUUCAAUCAAUUGAGAACUUCAAAAGCUUGAAGCUUUUCAAUUUAUUACUUGCUUUACUGCACACGCACACCACUUUCCUCAACUAGAAUUUUCACCAAUUAAGCCUCCGUCGUCAUCUUCACUCCACAAUAGUGCUAGGAAUAUAACGAAGAACCAUUCAUCUUGCCUCAGUUUUCUUAUCCAAAGCUGUAUAUAUACAUUAAGAACCAUGAGAAAGAGCCAAGAAUCGCCCACAGUCUCAACUCUUUUUCUGUUUCUUCUACUAAUCUUUCUUUUCACAGCAAGUGAAGUUGAAUCAAGAAUCCUCCAAGAUAUUUGCUCUUCUUCAUGUGGAUACAUCAAAAUCAGUUACCCAUUUCGCCUAAACAAUGAUCCAGCAACAUGUGGAGAUCCUGGCUAUGAGAUUUCUUGCAACGACAACAAGCCCAUUCUAGAAUUCCACUCGGGGAAGUAUUACGUGAAUCAAAUAUCUUAUGAUAAGCAUAUAAUCCGUUUAGUUGAUGUUAAUUUAGCCAAUGGAAGCUGCAAUCUUCCGUACAUUUCAGUGUCAGUUGAUGAAGUGAGAGGUGAUAGUCGUUAUAGAGGAUUGGUUUCAAGUACGUUUACAAGUUUUUUUAGGUGCUCAAGUGAGAUCAAUGAUCAAGCUUAUAGAGACGUUCCUUGUUUCAGUGGAAAUGGGUCUCAUGUUUAUGUUAGUUAUAGUACUUAUGUGAUAUCCGAUCUUCAAGGUUCUUGUUCUUUUAUAUCAAGGGUUCCCACUAUUUACCAGAAUGUUCUGUACCCUUCUUAUCAGAGUAUCUUGCAAUUAAUGGCUUUAGGGUUUGAUCUUGAAUGGUCUGUUGAGUGCCGGGAUUGCAUUGCUGAUGGUGGUAUUUGCUCUUUGAGCUCAGUGGGUACACCUAAUGUCUAUGAAUGCUAUUAUUCAGGCAUUUAUAUACCAGCUGCAGUUUCGCUUAUCUUUGCUGCUAUUUGGGACAUUCUGUUAGCAAUAAAUUUAAUUGCAAGAUUUGUGGUUGCUCCAAUAGUUAUAGUCGGCUUCCUAAUUCACAAAUAUAGAACACAAAAGAAGACAGAAGAGAGCAAGGAGAAUCUCUUACCCAAUGAACCAUCCAUGAUGCCCAGAAGGUACUCCUACUCUGAUAUUAUUGCAAUCACUAACAAUUUCAAAGAUAAAAUAGGCAAAGGUGGUUUUGGGACGGUGUAUAAAGGACAACUUCCAGAUGGUUUUUUAGUCGCUGUUAAAAUGCUUGGUGACUCCAAGUUCAGUGAUAAGGACUUUAUCGAUGAAGUCUCUACAAUUGGUAAAAUUCAUCAUGCCAAUGUAGUACAGUUAGUGGGUUUCUGUUCUGAGGGGUCUUAUCAUGCUCUUUUGUUUGAGUAUAUUGCUUGUGGAUCUCUUGAUAAGCACAUAUUUUCAAGAGAAGCAGAAUUCCAGCCAUUCAGUUGGGAGAAACUCCUUCAGAUUGCUAUAGGAACAGCUCGAGGGAUUGAGCAUCUACAUGUGGGAUGUGAUGUAUGCAUUCUUCAUUUCGAUAUCAAGCCUCACAAUGUCCUGCUACAUCAUAAUUUCAUCCCAAAAGUGUCAGAUUUUGGUCUUGCAAAGUUUUACCCCAAGGAAAAUGACUUUGUGUCUGUUAGUACUGCAAGAGGAACUAUAGGGUACAUUGCUCCUGAAUUGAUUUCAAAGAACCUUGGUUCUGUUUCUUGCAAAUCAGAUGUCUAUAGUUAUGGGAUAUUGUUAUUAGAAAUGGUCGGAGGAAGAAGAAACAUUAAUCCAAAUGGGAAUUCUUCAGGCAAAGUACAUUUUGCUUCAUGGGUUUAUGACCAUCUAAAUGAGGGAGGAGAUUUAGAGCUUGAGAGUGUUAAUGAAGCUGAAGCCGCAAUAGCAAAAAAAUUAUGUAUAGUUGGGUUGUGGUGCAUUAACAAGAAUUCAUCAGACCGUCCAUCAAUGACGAAGGUGGUGGAAAUGUUAGAAGGGAAGAUUGAUGAUUUGCAGUUGCCUCCUAGUCCUUUGUCUUUCCCUGAUCACGUUGCUGCCGAAGGGCCACAAUCAGAUUCUUCAACCGAGUUGCUAAUAUCUGAGACAGUGGAGAAAAGCUCUUAGAAUAAUUUGACAGUUGUUGACCAAUAAAGAUUUUUAAGAAAGGAGGGGAAAAGAUAUGAACUGAUGUUUUAAUUAAUCGCACCAUGUACUUGUAUAUUUGUCAAAAAUAAAACUGUACACAUCUUUUAGCUCGACCUGUUGCAUAUUUGUCUCUGCUGAAACUAUAGUAUCAAUAAAGUUUCUGAAUGCAUUUGGAA